UUGCCAAAGAGAGCAGUUAAUAGAGAAAGACCCACUUUACCAUCUCGAAGUGGACCAAAACCGACACCAAAGAAUGACCUUGAAGAGGCAAGAGCAAGGCUUCAUGUUUCUGCUGUACCAAACUGUUUACCCUGCAGAGAGAAGGAGUUCUCCGACAUAUUUGGUUUUGUGGAGAGCAAGAUUCUUGAUGGGACUGGAGGGUGUAUGUACAUUUCUGGAGUGCCUGGUACAGGCAAGACGGCCACUGUGAAGGAAGUGCUGAAAAUUCUGGAGGCAGAGAGGGAUGAUGGAAACCUGCAAGAUUUCAAGUUUGUGGAAGUCAAUGGCAUGAAACUCACGGAACCACGGCAGGCAUAUGUGGAAAUACUGAAAGCUCUGACAGGCAAGGAAGCAACAGCCGACCAUGCGGCCAACAUCCUCAACAAAAUGUUUACAGUUCCAGCUCCUCGAUCCAGCCCCGUUGUGCUACUGGUUGAUGAGCUGGAUCUCCUGUGGACCCGGAAGCAAGAUGUGAUGUACAACAUUUUUGACUGGCCAACCAAAGAGAUGGCCAGAUUGAUUGUAUUAGCUGUGGCCAACACAAUGGACUUGCCAGAAAGGAUGAUGAUUAAGAGAGUUGCCAGUCGCUUGGGAUUGACUCGAAUGACAUUCCAGCCGUACACAUUCCGCCAGCUGGAGGAAAUAGUGGCUUCUCGUUUGAAAGGCCUGCAAGUCUUUGACAGCGACGCAGUCCAGUUAGCAGCCAGGAAGGUAGCAGCAGUGUCAGGAGAUGCUCGACGUGCCCUAGAUAUUUGCCGCCGAUCAACAGAGAUUGCAGAAUCUCGAACUGAAGAUGCUGGAGGAGAAGCAGUUGUGAGCAUGUCAGACAUAAACGCAGCGGUGGAGGAAAUGUUUUGUUCUCCAAAGAUCUUGGCUAUCAGGAAUCUGGCUGUACAAGAACAGCUCUUUCUCAAGGCUGUUGUGGCCGAGUUUCAGAGAUCUGGGAUAGAGGAGGCUGAUUUCUGUAAGCUGUAUGACCAGCACCAGACUUUGUGCAGAUUUGAAGGAAUCCAUGUCCCAACAAUGACUGAACUGUCGGCCAUUUGCUACAGGCUUGGAAGCAUGCGUCUGCUACUCACUGAGCCAGGAUCUCGAGACCUCAGCAUGCGGAUUCGACUCAACGUCAGCCAAGAUGACAUCAUGUAUGCACUUAGGGCUGACAUCCCAAGCUAA